CAGGUGGUGACUGACUGACCUCCAGUUGGUGUCAGACUGACCUCCAGGUGAUGACUAACUUCCAUGUGAUAACAGGCUGAUUCAUCUGCAUGUGUUGAGUUCUGUUAAUUGGGUCCGUGCACCAUCAUUGCCAACAAAGCAUCACCAGCACAUUUGUGGUCAGGCUGUGAUGCUGAUCUCAAGGUGAUAGCACUGAUCUCCAGGUGGUGAUAGACUGAUCUCCUUGUUGUCACUGAUUCUUAGUCUGACGACAGGCUGAACAAAGAUGUGGUGGUGAUUGAUUUCUAGACAAACACGACUGCAAUGGGGCGCCACAGUGGCAAGAUGUCAACUACCUCGCCUAGUAUGAAGGAGGUGGUGCGUUCGAUUAAGACCCUGACGCCUGUAAAUUUGGAGUUUGCACGUGGUAGCGUGGGCAUUUCCCAGGUCCCCGGGUUUUUCCCUCCACAUUUAGAAUCAACAUGCGUUUAGAGUGUUUGGCUGUUAUAAAUGUCCACGUGAUAAGCCACUUUGUUGUGCUAUAUAACUUGUGGCCAGGUCGCUUCUGAAAAAGAGCUAUAGUCUUCCAGUGGGCCUCACCUGGUAAAGUAUUUGUUUUUAAAUAGUUUAAAUUAACCCUGCUCGUAGCUAUGUUUAAACAGUUGCCCAGCCUGGUCCGAAUGUUGCUGUUGUCACAGUGACAGGGAAACCUUGAGGGCAGCAGGCUCUGAGACGAGCGUGGGCGCACGUUUCGGGUAGCGGUACCAAUCACGAUGAGCACUUUAGAGACUAACCGUUUCGAUGCUGGCACAAUAUUUUGCUCAUCAAUGUGGACACAACACCGACGUAAAUGUAAUUGCCAGCGGAAGGAUUGUCCGCGUAGAAAUAUGAAGGUCAGAUGUUCAAGUGUGAAAACCGUAUUUCAAGAACGCCCCAGAAAAUGUUUUAGGUGCUGCGUUGAACACCGCCAAGUUUAUUUUUUUGGAGGGGGCGUAUUGUGGUGUAUAUGAGGACACAAUGUCACAUGACGCCAUAGGGUGGCUUAAGCGGCCGAUGCAUUGUAAUCCGUUGCAACCGCUGAUCCGCAUCUGUCGGCCCACGUACAGUUCGUCCCGUUCCUGUCCGCAUGUCAGGGCCACAUACGAGAGAAGCUCUGUGGCAAACCAGGCUGCGGCUUCUUGCACGGUCAACCAUGACCAGGUCGCUGGACAUGUGGGCAGCCAGGUAGAUAGGUAAGGAGAGAUCCCGGUUUAAUCAAAAAAGAAAAAGGUGUGCAGCAUGGAUGAACGUAUUUCAACCGUGAUGCAAGCGAGAAUUUGCUUCCCGCUGUUUGUAGCCAACGUAGCAUUACUCUUGCUGGUGGGAGCCGAAGCACUGGGGCGACAGGAGCAGGCUCCCCCUCUGCGGCUCGUGUGUGAGCCUGCCCCUGCUGAGCCAGAAGCUGGCAUCAAGUGCCCCAUGGGGCAGUCGGCAUCGGGCGGUAAAUUCACUCCCGGAGGUCCCACCGAUCCCCGCGCUCUCACGCAGCUUCAAGAAGCAAUUCUGCAGCAGCGCGAAACCAUCAUUAGCCAGAAGGAGGUCAUCAAGGAGCUGACGGCAAAGCUCAGUGGCUGCGAGGGUGGCCCCGCGGGAGGUGCUUCAGGUGGGCAGGGAGCCGUACGCCCGGCUCGUAGGAAGGGUCUGGCUCACCCGCCCAUCAAGGACACGAUGGGUGACCCACCAGGAGCCUCCACAGACCACCUGGCACGCAGCCUGCUCGCUCUUUCCCAGCGGAUGGAGAUACUCGAGCAACAGCAGGAGAACGUGAGUGUGCGGCCGGUGAACGUGGCCGGACUCCAGGCGCUGCUGUCGGAGCACGUGGAGCAGCUGGGAGCUCGUCUCCUCGCCCGCGUGCAAGCGCACCUCACGGGCCAGUUGCGCGCUCACAACGAGACGGUGUUGCAGCGGGCGGUGUUCGAGGCGCAGUUAGCUGAGCUUGCGCGAAAGGUGUCCGAGUUGGAGCGAGCAGGAGUGCCAGGCCUCAAUCCUCCGGGCGAGUUCAAACUGUCCUUACCGCUCCGAACCAACUAUAUGUGCGGACGCUUUGAAGAGACGCUGCCUGAGCUGUACGCAGUGACCAUGUGCAUGUGGCUUCGGGCUGCCCCUGGAGCUGCUGGGCUAGGAACGCCGUUUUCUUAUGCUGUUCCGGGCCAGGCCAAUGAGCUUGUGCUCAUUGAGUGGGGGAACCAUCCCAUGGAAUUUCUGGUCAACGAUAAGGUAGCCCAGCUACCGCUGUCUGUUAACGAUGGUGGUUGGCACCAUGUCUGCGUAACGUGGACCACUCGGGAUGGUGUGUGGGAAGCCUUCCAAGACGGUGUACGCCGUGGUGUGGGAGAGGGACUCGCUCCCUGGCAUCCGAUUAAGCCGGGUGGUGUGCUCAUUUUGGGCCAAGAACAGGACACAGUGGGUGGGCGCUUUGACGCCACGCAGGCUUUUGUUGGGGAGCUCGCGUAUUUCAACCUUUGGGACCGCGUGCUGGCCCCUGCGGAGAUGGCCUCCAUGUGGAACUGCUCCGGCAAUCCGUCUGGAAACAUCCUUUCUUGGACCGGUGAAACGGUGCAGGUCGUCGGAGGGGCCGCCAUGAGGCCUCUGGAGCCAUGCCCUGAGCGUGUCUACUCGUAGCAACGCCAUUCACAACGCUCACACGAAAAGUGCAUGCCUGUAAAUCCAACAUUUGCAGUACUCCAAAUUACGAGAAAACGCCAUCACAACAGGAAAAUGCAUGCAGACUUGAAAUAUAUUUGACAACUAUAGGUGUGCUGCUCACAAACAGCAGGGAGGCAUGAUUCCCAUUCAUCACUGCACACGAACCUACAUCGUGGAGCACACAUUGACAACCUAUGCACCAUGGCCCACACAUCGCUACCACAUUGUUAAUACAUGGACCACGUUAGACAAACACAUUGCACAUCACAAAAGGAAAAUGGUUAAUAUUUUGUUGUGUUAUGCAUUUUUCCUAUUUUUUCCAUUCCUUGCCAUCAAUAAAAUACCGAAAUCGUCAUAAAUGAGGCUAGUCUGUAGAAAUCUUGAUACCUGAUGAUCAUCAUGCUAACCACCAAAUCAUGCCGUGCAGACAUGAGUAAUAUCCUCGUUGCUGCCUAUUUUAUGCAAGAAUUACAAUGCUGUAAUCCUUCGAACUACGUCUCCCCCUUUUGUCAUUUCUCAAACACGUCGUGACUUUACUUUACUACUGUACCACUGCCCACACGUCACCGACAGCAUCGUCCGUCCUGUCUGGUAUCCGUCGCCUCUCAGCCUUUGCCUCCACCUACCGUGCGAAUUGUUUUUUUUUAUCGACGUCGUUUGACAGUCAUCGUCACACCUUUCUGGAAACGCAUCCCCGACGUAAACCGGGGUAGUACUGUAGUACAUUCUGUGCAGACCUGACUAUGCACCAUCCCUUUAAAAAAGUAAAACCCCUUACUGUUAUGUCAUUCGCCUAAAUCUAAACAGAAAAUAUUCCAAAGUUAAUUUUAAACAAUAUUCGUGCCCCACGCGUAGCCAAUUAUUUCUCAGAACAGGAACCAAUCAAUUCACGAAAAAACAAUUAUAUUUGGUUCAGCACUUAAUUUGGGAAAACAUACAAAUCCGAGGAUCACAAAAAAAGUAUAUUCAUCUGACAAACAUUACUUUGUGAAGCAGCACGGGUGGGAAAGUGCUGCUCCCAACUGUGUGAAUAAAGCUAAAUAACCAUGCACAUUGUGGAAGUUGCAUGUGAAAGAAAUAAGCAA